AUGGACGAUUCAGUUAGAAGUCUUAUUAGAUUUGUCAGUAGAGGGUUUUAUAGUACACCAUAUGUUUUAAUAUUAGAUGCCGUAUUACGGCAUUCAGUACUUUCAGAAGAUGAUUUAAUUCAUUUAUUAGGAAUUAAACGUAAAGAAUUACGAUCAUUAUGUAAUCGAUUAAUAGAAGAUAGAUUAUUAAUUAAUCAUAUUCAAAGAGAAGAUAAUGGACAACAGAGGUAUGUAACCCGUACUUAUUUCUUUAUUCAUGUUACUGAAGCUAUUGAUUCCAUUAAAUGGAAAGUUCAUUCUAUUGUUAAUAAAUUAAAACAAGAAAUGUCAAGUUUUGGUAAUCCCCAAGGAUAUGUUUGUCCAAGAUGUGGGAAAAAAGUUAGUCAAAUCGAUGCUAUAUCAUUAUUAAGUGAAGAUAAAACCGAAUUUGUAUGUGAUGUAUGUCAAGGAGUAUUAAUUGAAGAUGAUUCAUCACAACAAGCAAGUUUAAAACAAGAAAAAUUAGAAAAAUUAAUGAAACAAGUUGAUCCAAUAAUUAAAUAUUUAAAAAUUAUUGAUGAUUCAAAUAUUCAAGAUAAUAAUUUCGAAACUGCAUUAAUUCAAUCAAUUCCUGCACAAUCUACAAGUAAUGCUUCAUAUACUGUUUCAAAUCGGAUCAGUUCAAGAUCAAGAUCAAAUAUGUCUCUGGCAUUACAGAAUGCAGCAUCAAGAUCACAAGCUACGUUGCAUGUUUCUAUUACUGCCAAUGAUGAGAAUUAUGAACGGGAACAAAUGGAAAAAGAAUCAAGAAGACAAAAAUUGGAACAAAAUGCAUUACCUUCAUGGCAUUCUGGAAGUACCGUUGGACAAACUAGCGAGUUUGGUAGAUUGGAUGAGAAUGAUAGAGAAGAAGGAAUUAAAGAAGAAGAAAAUGGAGAAGGUGGAGGAGUUAAGAAAGAAGAAGAUAGUUUGGGAGCUGUAGAAGAGGGAGAAGAAGAAGAGGAUGAAGAUGAAGGUGUAUCUGAGCAAUCAUCAGUUAUGACUACACCAGAACCAUCAUCGUUAGUUAAUAGACAAAUGCCAUCAUCAACUGAAUUGAGAGAUAGAGAGGCACAAGAUGCAUUGGCAGCAUAUUAUGCUCAAUUGGCAGCUGAACAAGAUGAAGAUGAAGACGAGGAUGAUGAUGAUGAUGAAGAUGAUUUUGAUGAUAUAAUUUAA